GAACAAUUCACUCCGGUUGACGCAGUCUCCAGUUUAUACGACACGACCAAAAUGAGUGGACAUGCAUUGCUAUACACCGACCUGCGCCCAAACCCCCAACUAUCGAUUCUGAUUCAUCAACUAUGCCACCAAAGUAUGGCCUGGUCUCGGCCAUCCGGUCGCAGCCUCUGAUCCAGGGCGAUUAUGGAAAUCUCCCGCCCAAACAAGAGGAGCUCCCGCUCUAUCUCUGCGUUCUGUAUAUAAUUGUGCUCUCAGUGACAGUCUUCAUGCUGGUUAUCGUCAAGAGACGGUACGAGGCAGACUUCACCCCCCGCAACCCUGCUCUCGAGCCCAUUCUGCCGUAUGCGAGUCGCACCUGUGAAGAGCGACGAGUGCUGUUUUUCCAACAGAAUGUGGUCAAGGAUGUCUACGGGGACUGGUGGGCGUCCGUUCAGACGGAGCGCAGCGAGCUAUUGGGGUACAACCACCUCGCAGUCUGUCCGAUCUGCUUGGAAGGGGUCACCCGAAUGCAACUGAUCUAUCUCCUGCCCUGUCGGCAUGUUUUUCACGACAGAUGCCUGGAGGGCUGGGUGAUGAGUGGCCGGAAUACGUGUCCGUUAUGUCUGGAAAUCAUGGCGAGACCAGGCAGGAAAGAGUUGGUGUGAACAUUCAGAGGGAACGGUGAUGUAUGUACAGGGAAAGCAGUGCAACCCGCAGACAAUCAAUACUUGAGGCAUCGGUCGUGCAUAUCACCUAGUGGAGCGACCACCUACAGUAUAUCGCAAGAAGCCCUACCUGGCUGUCUCAGUCGAAACGAGAUCCAGGCUGGCAAACACCCCAUCAGGAUCAUACCGUCUUUUCAACUUGCGUAAACGUGAUAGAUCCUCGGUCGAGUCUUCCACUGCUACGCCAGCUGGAGGAUUAGUAGAUGAGAUGAGAUGUGCAAAGGUUACCCUUGCAGCAUAGUGACAGCGUGGUACCACACUGACCUUGAAUGUGCCCUGGUCCGAGAUUUCCGCUGGGAUGCAUUUCGCCCGGUUUGCGCUCAGGAAAUACCCUGAAGACGAUCUCUGUGGCAACCCCAAAGGCCUGCCCGGCCUGCUG